AUGAGCAGUGAGCGAGGCGACGUCGGGUGGUCCGUGAACACCAACCUGAAGUCUUCGGGUGAUGCUCCAGCCACUGCGCGGGCGCCAACUCCCGCGUUGCCGCAUAAGCAUCUCUCCUCGUCUUCCAAAGAGCAGGACUUGGACUUUCAACGUGCCGUUAUGGCCUGGUCCAGCGAACAGCUCAACCGAGCCCAGCCGUGGAAGCAUUUCGCUGACACUGCAAAAUUCUCGAUGCCGAAGUCGGCCCAAGAGAUGACAAACAGGAUCCGAUCGAACGCGGACCACUUCCGCACGAACUACGGCAUCAUUUUCGUCGUAAUCCUGGUAAUUUACGUCAUGUCCAGCGUCCAACAUUUAGUGAGCGUAGCCGCGGUGGUUGCGGUGGGCGCCGCGCUCAAGCUGCACCAAGACGACGACUCUGCGGCCGUGUGGGGCACAAGGCUUAUGAUCGGCAAGAACCAGAGGCUGGCCGGGGUGUCGUUUGUGGCGUUGCUUCUUCUGUACACCGCAUGCUUCUGGUCCGCCAUUGUGUGGUCCGUUGGACUCGUCGUGGCGAUUGGCAUACCCGAUGCCACGUUGUAUGCCGGGCAAGUCAGCCAGAAAGCUACCCGAGAUUCCCGAAGGAGGUGA